AUGCCAUCCAGCUCGCCACCAUCCACACCUGGCGGGGGCGGCGAGAUCGAGAAGCACACCACGCUUCGUCAUACGAAGCUGAAUAGUGACGACUUGAAGGAUUCGUCAAAGCAGAUAUCUGCCGAUUAUGGUGAUACAAAAAUUGAUUUCAUCCAGCAAAAGAACCCUGUCUUGAGGUUCCUUGCGAAUCUCGAAAGUCGAAUCGACCGGUUUGCCAAGUUUGAGGCCAUGGGCGUGGCGAGGGUUCCAGAGGACAAACGCAGACCCCCGCAAAUACUCAACAUGAUCUUUUUCUGGUUUUCCGUCUUGUUCAGCCCAACCAUGAUUCAAAUUGGUAUUUUGGGUCCGAUCCUUGGACUCUCAGUCAACACCUCCAUAAUUCUCACUAUCUUCGCAACACUGUCUGGAUCGACUGUGCCCGCCUUUACCGCCACCCUUUCACCCAUGACCGGAUUACGACAAGUGGCAGUGUCGCGGUAUUCCUUGGGCCUUUGCGGGUCAAAGUUUGCCGCUGUGCUAAACGUCGUUAUCAACAUUGGCUAUGCAACGAUUGCCGCUAUUCUUGGAGGCCAGCUUCUCCGUGCCGUGUCAGGGGCUAGUCUGGCACUGGUUGUCGGCAUCGUCAUCGUCAUUCUUGCAGCCUUUGUAGUGUCUUUUCUAGGCUACGGAAUUAUCCAUCAUUACGAAAGAUAUGCCUGGUUCUUUGCUUUUGUACUCAUCUGUGUUCUCUACGGACAGUCAGCCAAGUACUUUUCCCCGACACCAGACGCCGGUCUUAGCUCUGGAAUUGAUCUUAGCGGGGGCUGUUUGUCGUACUUUGCCAUCAUCUUCGGCGUCUGCGCUUCUUGGUGUCCGAUAGCGGGCGACUACUACAUCCACUACCCGGUCACGACUAGUAAUCUCCUCGGGGGGGUUGUUCUGACAAACGAGACACUAUCCGACAUUCACCGCCAGAGUGGCACUGGUGGUCUCAUUCUUGCCAUCAUGUCACCUCCUGAUGCCUGGGGCAAGUUUGCCUGUGUCUUCUUCGCCCUUUCGUUUCUUGGCGACACGAUUGCAAAUAUUUACUCCAGCGCGCUUUGCAUGCAGCUCCUUGGCAAACACUUUGUUGCUGUUCCACGGUUCUUCUGGUGCACAAUUUUGAGUCUCGUCACAUUUGCGCUCGCCUAUGGUGGCCGUAAUGUGUUGGAGGAAAUCAUCAACAACUUGCUCUCAAUUCUUGGGUAUUGGACUCUUGCUUUCGCUGUCAUUCUCUUUAUUGAGCACUUUUAUUUUCGGCCAAUGAUUGGAGGGUAUGACUUGACGGCGUGGCAGGACCCAAAACGACUACCGCUGGGCUUGGCCGGUACAGCUUCUCUGCUGAUUGGCAUCGGAUUUUCAUUCUUAGGCAUGUGUCAAACCUGGUAUAUCGCGCCCAUCGCCAAGAAGAUUGGCAGGUAUGGAGGAGAUGUGGGUGACGAGCUUACUCUUAUCUCAGUCACGAUUGCUUAUCCUGUCUUGAGAACGCUGGAGCUGAAACGGUUUGGACGGUGA